AAGUUCUCUUGUCCAGCUUUUCCAUUCGGAGUGAGAUAAGUCCUCAGCUUGAUUGGCAGCGUUUCCAUAGCAACCCCGCAUCAGCUCAGGGCCGUCCAAUGAGGAGUCAAGCCUUGACUCCCUCCCUGACUCCCAGGUGAAACUAAAGAGUCGGCUUUAAGCAGAUUUCUCUUAGUGUUUACACAAACUCUCUCUGUUUGCUUUCCCCCGCGCGCGCUCAGAUGGUGUUCAGAGCUCCGCUUGACUUUUUCUCCGCGUCCCGCCUCCUCCUGCCUCAUUUCGCAGAUGGCCCCCCUGUCCUGCCCGGGUCCCGGUCUCCGGAUCACCCUCCCGCCGGGUUCCCGUCCCUCGCGCUGCCAGGACUCUGCUUCUCCGCCACGCAGAUCGCCAGCGUGUGCGAGACUCUGGAGGAGACCGGGGACAUCGAGCGGCUGGCCCGCUUCCUCUGGUCUCUCCCGGUGACCACGGACGGCCGCGACUCCAUCUCCGAGCACGAAUCGGUGCAGCGCGCGCGCGCCGUGGUGGCCUUCCACACGGGAUGCUACCGGGAGCUGUACCGCAUCCUGGAGACGCACCGCUUUACGCGCGCCUCACACAGCAAACUGCAGGCCAUGUGGCUGGAAGCUCACUACCGGGAGGCGGAGAAGCUCCGGGGGAGGCCGCUGGGUCCGGUGGACAAGUACCGAGUACGGAAGAAGUUCCCCUUACCCAGAACCAUCUGGGACGGAGAGCAGAAGACGCACUGCUUUAAAGAGCGCACGCGGGGGCUUUUGAGAGAGUGGUACCUGCAGGACCCAUACCCCAACCCGGGAAAGAAGCGGGAGCUGGCCCACGCCACGGGACUGACCCCGACUCAAGUGGGUAACUGGUUUAAAAACCGGAGACAGCGGGACCGCGCAGCAGCUGCUAAGAACAGGUUGCAGCAUCACCGCAUCUGUCCAGACGGCGCGUGCACGCUGAGUGGGGGAGACAGCAGCGCAGAGCGGGCAGACGGAGAAACGUUCCUCUCAGUAACGGACAGUGACUCGGACCUGGAUGUCUAAAAAUUUACGCUCCUUUUUUUAAAACAAUGAGGAGAUAAGGACACUUGUAGGUGUGGAAAUAAGGCCAAGUUUUGUGGUUUAAGAAAGACACAUCCUGGUUAAAAACAAAUUCGUGUUGCUAUAGAGAAAUAACUGAAUAAAUAACAGUAAAUGUUAUUUAAGAUUAAACCGUUUUUUAUUUCUUUAACUUGAUGUUUUUUGUAUCCAAAGUUGCAAAACAUACAUUUUAACUAUCAGUUAUUAUGUUGAACUGGAUCUUUUGCAAAUGCUGGAUUUCUGUAAAACUGUCAAACUAAAAACUCCCCAAACAAGCCCUCAUUAUCUUUUUUUUUUUUUUUACCAUUUUUACUAAACGAUUUUCCCUAUUAGAUCCUUUGGAGUGAGUCCUGCUGUAGACAAUCAAUACCAGCAAAUCCUACCUCCUUUUGUACCUGAUGAAAAGCUUAGUUGAUUCUGUUUUCAUUUUGUUUUCACCACAGUUUCCUUUAAGGCUCACUGUGAAGAAGCUUGUGUCAAAGCAGCAUGAUAUGUCAUUCUAUGCUGGAGAUGAAUAAAUGCUUCGGUAUUUUAUAUAAAUAAAGGUAUUUAUGUAAGGCUCUUGUUUUA